AUGAUUUAAUUUUAAGAAAUCCUUACUGAAUGCUGAAACAAACAGGUAUUUGUUGAUACUUUAACAGUUGAAUUGGUUUUAUCAAUACAUUCUGGCACCACCGGCCCCUUUAAGAACGUUCAGAUUUUUGAUAUGGAACAAAAUGACAAUGAGUUCGACACUCUUGAUCUAUUCGGACUGGUUCGGAGUUACUGCUAGCACUAUAAUGUGGAUCUGUGUAUCAUCUGUGUAGUUUUGGUAACUCAUCUUAUUUCCUGUGUGCAGCCUGAGCCAGCAGGAGCACAUAGGUGUUAAAUGACACUCUGUGCUACUUUGUGUCGGUGGAUAUAAAGACUUUCUCUAGGUCCAUAACUUUCUGUCUGGGUCGCCAUCCAGACAACAAUACCUGUGAUUGUUCAGUGUUGUUGAACUUAACGGAGGGCUGCCAUUGUCGUGGCUUUAGUUCUGUUGAACGUUUACCCAGAGGACUUUGAAGCAGCCAACAAAAGAUGGCCCAUAUACACGGUGGCGGAUGAAUGGGAAGGCAUCAUGUAAGCCGCGAAGAAAUCUACUGGCAUGCAUGAGAAGUGGGAUUCACUCGAGCCUCAGCGUUCACCGCUGAGACAAGAGGAAUGAAAGUGACGGCCGUGGAGAUGCCUGCAUCCUGUUGUUAUCAAAACCGACGCGCUGGAUUUACUGCAAAGUUGGGUUUCGUUGGGAAAACGAAGUAAAAAAAAAAAAAAAAAAGGUCGCAUUUGGUGCCAGCAAUUAAGGCCCUUUUGUCUUUGUCACGUUUAUAAUUAGUUUUCCUUUUCUUUUUUUUUUGCCCCAUUCAGUGUAGCUUCACUGACCUGUUAAAUGAGGGCAGAGCGUUGCGGUGGGCUCGCGGACGGGGGGCAAAAUUAGACGAUUAUUUUUAACAGCUUCCCACAGAGGACAGCUCAUAACGACGUGGGAGCACGCCGAGGCAGCGCUGCUCCUGGCACAACGUUUUGGUUUGUCUUUCCUCCAUCUCGCUUUCUGAGUAAAACUUUGCCGGUUUGGAAAAGCGGUUUUUAGGCGGGAAGAUGCAGGAGACGAAGGAACGGGAGAAACUGGCCGAGGCCAUCAGUCAGUGGAACAGCGACAGACUGGACUUGUUUGAGAUCAGCCAACCUGACGAGAACCUGGCGUUUCAUGGCGUGAUCCGCUUCUCCUUCGAGGAUCACAAAGAAGAAGGCAGCGUGGCCACAAAGUGCCUGCGGGUUUGCAGCAGCUUGUCGACUCGCGAGGUCAUUGAGACGCUUUCAGAGAAGUUCAGGCCGGAUAUGAAGAUGCUGUCGACAAAAUAUUCUCUCUAUGAGAUCCACGCAAAUCAAGAACGUAAGUUGGACCUGGAUGAGAGACCUCUGGUCGUACAAUUGAGCUGGACCUCGGACAACCGAGAAGGGCAGUUUGUGCUCAAAAAAGCCCAGGAGAGAUUGGAGGAAAGUUAUUAUGAGAAAGAAAAAGAAGGCCUUCUUCAAACCAUCAAGAGGACACUGUCAAGAAAAGGGAAAAAGAAAGAGGAAAGCCGAGCCAGCGGAGCAGAGAGGGCGUCAGAGGGCGAGGACGGACCAGCUGAAGAUCUGCUGUACAACAGCGACCGCUCGUCCAGCCUUGAGCCUCUGAGACGUUGCGAAAAACACAAAAGAAAUCAGAUUCCUGAAGGUAAUAUAAACAGCAGAUACUGUACGUCCCCAUUUGUUUCACAAGUUUCACAACUCAUUUCAUCUUUAAUUCACUCAGACUCUUCAGAUCAACCUGGAUUACCGGUUAGAGUAAAGAUCUGCGACGAUGCCGAGGAGCCCUUCCUGUCCGCAGUCAUAAAUUACACCAACAGCUCCACGGUUCACUUCAAGCUGUCCCCCGCUUACAUCCUCUACGCUGCGAGUCGCUUCGCCCUGCGGCGCCGGCGCAGCGGAGGCUCUCCGUCGUCUGCAAGCACGCACCCCGUAACGUCGAUCACAAACAAAAUGGCGACCAUGAUGGGAAAGGUCAUCCAGGCGAGUUCAAGGCACCGGGCCGUCGCCGGGGUUCUCGCCUUCUGGUUGGCCAAUUCCUCGGAGCUGCUGAACUUUCUGAAGAACGACAAAGACCUUGGCCCGUUCACGAAGCAAAGUCAGCUGGAUCUGUCCCACCAUGUGCACAACACCUACAGAUUCAACGGACCUUACGAUGUCGUGACGUAUCUCGGUCUGACCGCAGAAAUGGUGUUGGACACCUUGAUGAACGCCAUGUCUCUUCUGCGCCGGUGCCACGUCAACCCGGCCCUCACCAUCCAGCUCUUCUCUCAGCUCUUCCACUUCAUCAGCGCUUGGCUGUUUAAUCAGCUCAUGGCGCCAGAACCCGGCACGCCGGGCCUGCGCUCUCACUACUGGGGGGCCGCACUGCGUCAGAGGCUGACCCCCAUCGAGGCCUGGGCGGAGAGGCAGGGCCUGGAGCUGGCUGCCGACUGCCAUCUGGGACACAUAAUGCAGGCGACCACGCUCCUGACAAUGAAUAAGUACUCGGCUUCGGACGCUAAGGACAUCCAGACUUCCUGUUUCAAGCUGAACUCGCUGCAGCUGCGCAUGUUGAUGGACGGGUACAUGUACGGACCCAGCGAGCCUCAGAUCCCCCCUGACUUGACGGAUGCCGUGGCGAAGGCUGCCAAGGCCUCGGCCGAUAACCUGAUUCACAGCGAAGGUGGCGAGCUCCGGCUGACGGAGAGCCUCGACCUGCUGCUGCCUUUCCUGCUGCCGCAGGGAGGAUACUCCUGUGAGACGCUGAGAGGAGUCCCUCAGGGGUUCAGAGAGUUUCUGGAGCCAAUCUGUCAGAAAGGUCUCUGCUGUUUGACGUCUGUGGCUGAUUCCCAAGGAGACUGGACGCUGCAUUUUACUGAAAACACACACACCGAUGGGGAUUUCUACUUGGCAGCGCACAGGCAGCCCGAGGUUGAGAAGGUCACUUUGCACAAGCCUCUGAACAGUGGGAUGGGAGUCAGUAUUGUGGCAGCCAAGGGAGCAGGCCAGAGUAACCUCGGCAUCUACGUCAAAUCUGUGGUCCAGGGAGGACCCGCCGAAAUGAGCGGUAAGCUGGCAGCUGGAGAUCGGCUGCUCAGUGUGGACGGUCACAGCCUGGUCGGACUCAGCCAAGACAGCGCAGCAGCCAUCAUGAUGCGCACCGGCCCCGUCGUCAGCUUACAGGUGGAGAAGUUUGCAGCGAUUUACCGAGGUCUCGGGAACCUACUGAACGAAUCGUUCCCGGAAAACGAAACAAGCAGCAGCCAUUUAAGACUGGACGGCGUUUCCACACUAUACUGCGUUGUGGAUCUCAGCCCCUCGGAGAGAAACCACGGAGGCCGCAAGAGAAACAAAGACCAGAGGGCGCAGAAAUACCGACAGCUUUAUCGCUCCGACCCCAACGUGACCGCUGGCUUUUGCCCGGAGGACGAAGGUGAACUCUUUGACCCCGGGGUGAGAGGAAACAGCUUUUCAUCCGUUUCCAGCGACAACCUUUGUGCCGAUACGCAUCCCAGAGAAUACCUGACGCUGCCGAACUCUAAGUCCAAGGACAAGUCUGAUUUUGAGCCGAAGCGGCCGACGCAACCGUUUACGAUGGCUGUGAAUCCUUCAAGUGAGCAGAGCGACAGCAGGAGAGGCUUCAUGCGUCACGCUGUCUCUCAGGAGAGCUUGUGCGCAGACGCUGGAGGCCCCCUGCUGGACCAAAAGCAGAACGCACGCACACUGAGGAACCAGAGUUCCAGUCAGUCGACAAAUUUCUGCCGAUCCGUUGCUCUCCGCUCAAGCGUUUCUACACACUACGUCCCGUCCGACCGCAAACAGCCGCCCCGUAGUCCGGCCGGCGUCUGGAGGAACCCGUUUCCGCAGCAGGCCACGCCUACGCCGUCGGCCCGGCCGAUACGCAUCGACAUCCCCGUCGCCGUCUCCAGAGCAGGCGGCGCGCAGUCACAUCCUCCUCUCACCACCUUCCAGCUGAGCCCCUCUGUGCUGAACCGGCUCCGUAAAGCCAGUGAGCAGACAAAGAGCUCCCCAAGCCGAGCGUGUCCAUCAUCAGCGGCCAAGGCGCUGCUCCAGCCCUUGGUUCUCUGGCAGCAGCAGAGGUCAGAAAAACCCCGAUUGUGCAUCACUCCAACGAAGCCCGUUUCCUUCCAGGAGCCUCCGUCCGAGCGGAAGGGCUCGGGGCCGGGCGGCCAGAGCGACCCCCAGGUCCUGCUGCGUCACCCCUGGAGGAGGGAGGCCCAGGAGGUGGUGGAGCGGCUGGAGAGGGAGGCACGGCGGCUCCGAGCCAAGGAGCAACGGAGCGACGAGGAGGACAGGCUGCGGAGGCUGGACCUGGAGUGGAGGUUUCAGAAGAGGGUGCAGGAGAUUCAGCAGAGAGGAGAGGGAGAAGAAGAGGAGGAGGAGGAAGAUCUGGACGUCAUGAUGAUCCUGCAGCAGCUGGACAGAACAUCAGAGAACAAGAUCGGAUCCAUUGGAAACAUCAACAGGAAACAAAACGAGGAGGAAAAGCACGGAGGGAAUCAGCAUUCCUACAAGCAAGAAGGGAAACCAGAUCUCAGAGAAAAUGGACUGAAAGCAGCGUCAGAUGAGUGAGUUUACACUUUGAAGCACGUUUAGGGUCCAGAACAUGUUCAGCAUUCACAAAUGCUAAGAAAUAAAAACUUAUCCCUGAGUAAUACAAAUUCUCAGACCCUAUACAUGAAACACAGCAACUUGCUUGUGUCCGUGGAAACCACUAAUUUCAAGUAUCUGCGUGGUUUUGCGUUAGCAGGAAGCCGUCGGAGAAAAUCAAGAUGGCGUCGGCUCCUGAGAAGCUCACAUUAAGGGAGCGUCGGCAUCUUUUCUCCCUGGCAACGAGCGCUUAAGUGAAGGUUCCUAGUUUUCUCAAAGAAAACCUCUGAACAGAAU